AUGGCAGACGAGUUGGAAAUCUUAUACAAUUAUCAAAACAUUGUAAACGAUUUAGAUAUAAAUAUAUUUAACGAAGAUAGGCGGUUCAUGGCGCAGGAAGAUCCGUUUACUAUUCUCUCGGACAGAAAGUUCUUAGGAACUUACCGGCUAUCUAAAUCAUUGGUAAAAGAAAUAUGUCAAACUCUGAGUCCACAUAUGAUGGCACCUAAAACAAAUGCUGGUCUUAGUAUUGAUAGAAAGUUAAGUAUUGCACUUCGCUUUUUUGCUAGUGGUAGCUAUCAACAGGACAUAGGUGAACACAGAGGAUCUGCACUCAGUCAGGCCUCAGUUAGCAGAUGUAUCACUGAAGUUGCAAACGCUUUAAACCUACCACAAAUAAUGAAUCAGUACAUUAGAUUUCCAUCAACCAUUAAUGAACUUAAUUCUAUUCGUUUAGGGUUCUAUGAAAAAUACGGAGUACCUGGAGUAGUUGGGGUACUUGAUUGUACCCACAUCGCUAUUGUACCACCAAAACAACAUGAUAUAAUUUAUCCUGAACACAUCUAUGUAAAUAGAAAAGGAUAUCAUAGUAUUAAUACACAACUGAUUUGUGAUUGUGACUUAAAGAUCCUUAAUGUCUGUGCUAAGUUUCCUGGGAGUGCCCACGACAGUCAUAUAUGGCGUGUAAGCCCAGUGCUUGAUGUAUUAAAAUAUAUCCAUUCUAUCAGACAAACUUCUAAUUUUUUGUUGGGCGAUUCAGGGUAUGGCCUUAGACCUUGGUUAUUGACACCCAUACAUGAACCUGAAGUAGGGGGACCCUAG